AUUUCAGACAUCAAAUAUAAACGUGAAGAAGUAAAAGAAAUAUUGACAGAUUCUGAUUUAGAGAAAACAGUUGAUUUAAACCUGUCAGAAACUGAAACAAUAUGGUUAUUAGAUAUGCCUGAUGUCUGUGUUUUUCUGGAGUCGGAGGAAGCUCCUAGUAUUAGACAGAGAAAUGAAAAAUAUACUGAAUUAAUGAAGAGUCGUGCUGGUAAUGAUAGAUAUGUUGAUAGAGGAAUGAAUACUUUUAAUGAACCAUACAAAGUCAAACAAAUACAGACCAGUAAAGUUCCCAGUGUUGAUGUUGGAAUCAUGGCCACUACAUGGGAUAUGCAUGAUACUUAUGAAGCUGUUGAUAAACAAAACAAAGAAGGAACUAUUAGUAGACCAGCUAGUCCUGCAGCUAGUGGUGAAGAAAAAACUGAUGAAGAAAAGAAAAAUCCAGAAACAGGUUCACGUGGAAGCAGUGCCAGAAUGGGUAAGUUGAAAUUUCAUUCGUGCAUUUUGUCAUCCAUGAAUUUUUUUUUGCUUUCAAAAUUUGAAUAUAAAAAUUCUGAUGAAGUUCCUUCCAUCAAGUCUGAUAGUUUUAAGAUAGAUUUAUUUACUAUGGAAAGAGCAUUACAACUAAACACUUAUCAACCAAAACAAGCUUUAUAUAGAGGUUUCGAUAUUAUCCCAGUCUGUAUAUUGACAUUUCCAGAUGUAGAUAAAGAAGUCUCCACUGUAAGCACUUUAACUGGUAAUGAUAUGGGACCUAAUCUAGAUAGACUCUGGUCCUAUACUUGUCCUCUAACUAAAGGUCGAAAUGUUAGCUGUAUGUCCUGGAAUAAAGUGAACCCUGACCUUAUUGCUGUUGGUUAUGGACAGUUUGAAUUCACCAAUCAAAAGGGUGGUUACGUUUGUUGUUGGUCUCUUAAGAAUCCAGAGUUUCCAGAAAGAUUAUUUACCUGUAAGGAAGGUGUUACAGCUGUUGAUUUCUCCACCAAGAACCCCAAUUUAUUAGCUGUUGGUUUCUAUGAUGGUAGUGUAUCUAUAUAUAAUGUUAAAUAUCCUAAUGAUGAACCUAUUGUGGAGAGUAGUGAAUGUCCUAGUAAACAUACAUCACCAGUGUGGUAUAUUAAAUGGAUAGAAAAAGAGAGAGGUUCUGGCGAGGAAGGAACAGAAGUUAUUAUAUCUAUAUCUACUGAUGGUAGAGUCACACAAUGGUCUGUUAGAAAGGGUUUCGAAACUUAUGAUUUAAUGAGAUUAAAAAGAAUGCCAACUAGAAUGGGUGGAAGGAACAAAGAAAAGAAAGGUGGAGCUUUUAUUUGUAGUUAUACUGGUGGAUUGACUUUUGACUUCCACUCUCGAGACACAAACAUAUAUUUAGCUGGUACUGAAGAAGGAUUCAUACACAAAUGUUCAUGUUCUUAUAAUGAACAAUAUCUAGAAAGUUACUCUGGUCAUACGGGUCCAGUUUAUACUAUUCAAUGGUCACCAUUUGUACCAGAUAUAUUUUUAAGUUGUAGUGCUGAUUGGAGUAUUAGAUUAUGGCAUCAAGAUAAAGUGAAACCAGUUCUUAGUUUCUUCUCAUCAACAGUAACAGUUCAUGAUUUAUGUUGGUCUCCUAGAUCUUCUACAGUAUUUACAUGUGUUAAUGAAGGGGCUGUUGAAGUUUGGGAUCUCAAUUCUAGCACUUUAGAUCCAUUGAUUAUCAACAAUCCAACAUCUGGUGCUAAACAGACUUCAGUUACAUUUGCUAGAAAUUCAGAGUGUGUAUUAGUAGGAGAUAGUGAAGGGCAAGUCACUGUUUAUCAGUUACGUUGUAUGCCACCUCCACCAGAAAAUCAGGUACCAUUAUUUUAUUUAUCACGUCACUUUGAGAUCUUUUGA